AUGCCGAGGAUCUUUCCUCGUCACAAGGACAAACGCAACUCAUCCGAGCAGGAUGAGUACGACGAGAAGGAAGGAUCGCCACCCCCUGAACUAGCAGGCCCAGACCACGACUCGGAUGCUUCCGAUUCAGAGAACCAAGGCGAAUCGCAGGAGGAAGAAGAGCAAUCAAAGUCAAACUAUCCACCGACUGGCUCACUCACACUAGCCGCCUUCAACCCGUACUCCUCCAUCCCUCUCUCGCGUCGAUUGGCGCUCAUCUCUGGCUCCGUGUUUAUCAAUCUCGGCUUGCCUUUCCUCAACGGUGUCAUGCUGGGAUUUGGAGAGAUCUUUGCCAGGGUGGUGGUCGCUCCCGCCUUGGGCAUCACCGGUGUCGGAUGGGCAGGCGAUACUGCAAGAGCAGUUGCCAAUUGGAGCAAUUGGGGCAGGACACCACGAACCACGACGACGGCAGAAAAGCGCUGGAACGACCAUCUGGCCCAGCAGCGUCAGCCAGGCGACUUCGACGAUUGGUCCGCUACCAACGACGGAGUCGCAUCUGGACCCCGCAUGGAGCUCUGA